CUCAUAUUAUAUAUGUAUCUGUUGUGACUCAGCUAGAGCCUCAGAGUGACUCUGAUGGGGAUUAUGGAAUUCAGGUUCAAGACGAUGGGAAUCAGGUUCAAGAUGACUCUGAUGGGAAUUAUGGGAUUCAAGUUCAAGAUGAUGGGAUUCAGGUUCAAGAUGACUCUGAUGGGGAUUAUGGGAUUCAGGUUCAAGACGAUGGGAUUCAGGUUCAAGAUGACUCUGAUGGGGAUUAUGGGAUUCAGGUUCAAGACGAUGGGAUUCAGGUUCAAGAUGACUCUGAUGGGAAUUAUGGGAUUCAGGUUCAAGACGAUGGGAUUCAGGUUCAAGAUGACUCUGAUGGGGAUUAUGGGAUUCAAGUUCAAGACGAUGGGAUUCAGGUUCAAGAUGACUCUGAUGGGAAUUAUGGGAUUCAGGUUCAAGACGAUGGGAUUCAGGUUCAAGAUGACUGAUGGGAAUUAUGGGAUUCAGGUUCAAGACGAUGGGAUUCAGGUUCAAGAUGACUCUGAUGGGAAUUAUGGGAUUCAGGUUCAAGACGAUGGGAUUCAGGUUCAAGAUGACUCUGAUGGGGAUUAUGGGAUUCAGGUUCAAGACGAUGGGAUUCAGGUUCAAGAUGACUCUGAUGGGGAUUAUGGGAUUCAGGUUAAAGACGAUGGGAUUCAGGUUCAAGAUUCCUCUGAUGGGGAUUAUGGGAUUCAGGUUCAAGAUGAUGGGAUUCAGGUUCAAGAUGACUCUGAUGGGGAUUAUGGGAUUUAGGUUCAAGGCGAUGGGAUUCAGGUUCAAGAUGACUCUGAUGGGGAUUAUGGGAUUCGGGUUCAAGAUGAUGGGAUUCAGGUUCAAGAUGACUCUGAUGGGGAUUAUGGGAUUUAGGUUCAAGACGAUGGGAUUCAGGUUCAAGAUUCCUCUGAUGGGAAUUAUGGGAUUCAGGUUCAGUGUGUUCCUGCUGUGGAAGAUGAGGAACAGGGAAGCUUUCCCACGGCAGGGAAUGGUGUUGAUGAUACUGAAGCUAGCCAGGUGCAAAUUGACUCUGGAAGGGAGGACAGUUCUCAGUCUGAUAGCAUGAAGGCAGACACUAAUGCUAACAAGCUGUCUGGCCUUGACAAAACGGAAUCUCUAGAUCGAGCUGGCCGUUUGGAAUUCAGGGUUCGCAGGAGUGUUAGAAUAGCAAACAAGAGGGAGGUCAGGGGCCAAAGAAAUGCUUUCAUGCUA